AUGUAUGCUCACCUGGCCGUCUCGCUCAUUCUGCCACUCUUGGUUUCCCAUGCAGCUGGGCAGAAUCAAUGCCCUUCCGUCUGGGGCACCGUUGCAGCCGACCUGAAGACUAUAUUUGCUGGCGAUGAUGGCUGCACUGACGACGCUCGUGCAGCUAUUCGUCUGCCCUUUCACGAUUGCUUCCCGGGAGCCUGUGAUGGCUCCAUCAUACUCAGCGAUGAGUGCACUUCGCGCGGCGAGAACGCACAGCUCAUCGAUAUUUGUAGCACGAUUGGUGCUAAGGCUACCCAAUAUAAUGUCAGCACGGCCGACAUGAUACAGGUAGCAGGUGCUGUUGCAAUUGCCGCCUGUCCUCCCGGCCCUACCCUCCAGAUCAAAGUUGGUCGAACCGAUGUCGCAACAGCCAAUCCAACUGGACAAAUUCCAUCUCCAAGCAGCAAUGCGACAGUGCUCAUUGCUCAAUUCGCGGCUAAAGGGUUCGACAGUGGCGAGCUGGUCGCGCUCGUUGGGUCCCACAGCGCCGGGAAAAACCUCACUGGAACUCAAUUCGACACAACACCUGGCAGCUUGGAUAGUACGACCUUUUACAGUGAGGUCCUCGACGACACACAACCCGCAACAUUGUUUAGUGAUCAGUCUUUGGCCACGGACGACGCGACGAGUGCGGACUGGCGUGAAUACGCAGACAGCCAAAGUACUUGGAACACUGACUUUGCGGCAGCCAUGGAAAAAAUGGCUGUUUUAGGAGUCGAUGAGUCUACACUUGUGGACUGCACCGACACAAUUUUUGCGGCGAUCUGA